AACGGCAGAGGUCCCUCGCUCUUGCCGUCAUCAAGGUUCGCUUGAAUGUCGGCUUUGCUUUUUUCUGGCUCCCAGUGAUGACGCAGUACUCCCUGAUUGGCUCUGCACUGGAGGUAGUGAUUUUGGGGCAGAGAAUUUUGCAACACGUGGUAGUGAACUGUGAGGAGUUGGAGGGGUCUGAAGACUGAAAGAGUCGAAUGGUUUGUUGGCAGGACCUAGAAGAAUCCCUUAGGAUGAAGCUGAGUCUUACCAAUGUAGUUAAUGGCUGUCGCCUAGGAAAAAUAAAAAACCUGGGCAAAACAGGGGACCACACCAUGGAUAUUCCAGGCUGCCUUCUGUAUACCAAGACUGGCUCCGCCCCACACCUCACCCAUCACACGCUGCAUAAUAUCCACGGGGUUCCUGCCAUGGCUCAGCUUACGCUGUCAUCCCUAGCAGAACAUCAUGAAGUCUUGACAGAAUAUAAAGAAGGAGUUGGAAAGUUUAUAGGCAUGCCAGAAUCACUCUUGUACUGCUCCCUGCACGAUCCAGUCAGCCCCUGCCCGGCUGGUUAUGUAACAAACAAGUCUGUGUCUGUGUGGAGUGUUGCAGGACGAGUGGAAAUGACUGUUUCCAAGUUCAUGGCAAUUCAGAAGGCCCUUCAGCCAGACUGGUUCCAGUGCCUCUCCGAUGGAGAAGUAUCUUGUAAGGAAGCAACUUCCAUAAAAAGGGUCAGAAAGUCUGUUGACCGAUCACUUCUUUUCUUGGAUAACUGUCUGAGGCUGCAGGAAGAGUCAGAGGUUCUUCAGAAGAGUGUGAUCAUUGGAGUGAUUGAAGGUGGAGAUGUGAUGGAAGAGAGGCUGAGGUCAGCACGAGAGACAGCCAAGCGGCCUGUGGGUGGCUUUCUUCUGGAUGGUUUUCAAGGAAAUCCAACAACCCUGGAGACUAGACUACGCUUGCUGUCAUCAGUCACUGCAGAGCUGCCGGAGGACAAGCCAAGGCUCAUAUCUGGUGUUAGUCGGCCAGAUGAGGUGCUCGAGUGUAUUGAAAGAGGAGUGGACUUAUUUGAGAGUUUUUUCCCUUAUCAAGUAACAGAGCGGGGAUGUGCCCUGACUUUCAGUUUUGAUUACCAGCCGAAUCCUGAAGAGACACUACUACAACAAAAUGGAACACAAGAAGAAAUAAAAUGUGUGGAUCAAAUAAAGAAAAUUGAAACAACUGGUUGCAACCAAGAAAUAACAUCAUUUGAAAUUAAUCUGAAGGAAAAAAAGUACCAGGAGGACUUUAACCCACUGGUGAGAGGAUGUUCCUGUUACUGCUGUAAGAAUCACACUCGGGCAUACAUCCACCAUCUGCUGGUGACCAAUGAGCUGCUGGCCGGAGUCCUGCUUAUGAUGCACAACUUUGAACACUACUUUGGGUUUUUCCAUUACAUCCGGGAAGCACUAAAAAGUGACAAACUGGCACAGUUGAAAGAGCUCAUCCACAGGCAAGCAUCUUGAGAUCUUGCAAAUACAAGUCUCACUCUUCACACUGAGCCUGUACCACUGUUGUAACAUGGGAAGACGUGAAGAAGAAAUAAUCUGAGCUUUAAUUAUUUAUAUUUGGACAUUAGGUCUGCUAAAAUAAAGAAUAUUUGUACCAAACUGCCCACACGAGGGUGAAGAGAUUUCCUCAAAAGACUUAAAUGACCUGGAUUGAUCAGAGAGAAUUGAACUGUGACCUUUGAAACUUCUAGACUAAUUCUUUUAGUUGAUAGAGAUUCAUUUAGUCAAAGACAAAAGCUUUAGCUGUGAGGGCACAACCUUGAAGUGGGAGUGAUGAGAUUCUGAGGGACCCAUGAAUUGGACUGAGGCUUGAGGGGAAAUGGUGUGAGACGCAUGGCCUCUGGACAUAUGCCUGUUGAUUUGAGAAGAAAUCUGGCUGGUUUGAGGGUUUGCUUUAGUUCAUCCUCAUACUCUCAGGAGACUCUUUUGGAUACUUUUGUCUUCCACCCUGCCCUGGCAGUGCAGCCAAUCAGAAAUGGCUCUUGUGACUUAACUGGGCUUGGAUAUCCCUGGAAUGUGGGGCCUGAACAUUGCUCCUGUGAUCAUCUGUCCCAGGUCACACUCCUUCAUUUGACCACAUGGCCUAUUUGCAACUUCUUUUUAGAGCCAAUGUAAUUGCCUGUUAGGAGCCAGAAGUUUGCCCAGCUGCUUUCUUCUGGUUGUACAGAUCCAUUGUGGUCUGCCUUCCAGGCUCAUUAAUAGUCUAACUACGUAAUAACUGAAGCCCUAUCUCUUGUGAAGAUUCAUUCUCAAUGUGUUCACUUGGACAGAGCCCUGCCUGGCCUAACGAUUAGAGGAUUAGUCUCCAUCCUGCUCAGAUAUGACUCCUGGGCAAUUCACUUAACUUCUCCAUGGCUGUUUCCUGCUGAAUAAAUAGGGACAGGCAUAAUGGAUAGGAAUGAAUGAACUUUUAAGAUACUGUCUAGCUCUAAAAUUUGAAGAACAAAAAGUUUUAGAUUAGAGUCAUAGCCUUAAUAGCCCUAGUUGUCAUCCUGGGAGACAGGCAACAGUAGAGAUAUUUGAGAGCCUAAAGAGAGGUUUGGCCUGUGGGUUUUUAAGUGGUUAUUGAAUUGGUAUCAGGAGAUCCUGAGGCUGGUAGGGGAAGGUAAUUCUUUCUAAGUUAUCUCUGUAUUUUUCAAGUUUUCUAUAAGGAAUACACAUACACCCACAUGCACACACCAUAGUUUUUAUACAAACAGCAAUAACAAAACCAAAAAGAUGCCCCUUUUUUUGUAGGGAUAAGAAAUACAUUUGUUUUAUACUUCUAUGCUAUAUUUUGCUGUUCAAAAUUUAGUGGGCAUUACUUAACAUUGUUUCUAAUUAUUUUGUGGCUGCUGUAUGUUUUAUGUGUUGGGAGCCCAUUGUAUUAGGCCGUUCUUGGAUUGCUAUAAAGAAAUACCUGAGACUGGGUAAUUUGGUUUUUUGGUUUUUUGGGAUUUUUUUUUUUGAGACGGAGCCUUGCUCUGUCGCCCAGGCUGGAGUGCAGUGGCGCGAUCUCGGCUCUAUGCAACCUCCACCUCCUGGGUUCAUGCCAUUCUCCUGCCUCAGGCUCCCGAGUAGCUGGGACUACAGGCGCCCGCCACCACGCCUGGCUAAUUUUUUAUAUUUUUGGUAGAGACGGGGUUUCACCGUAUGAGCCAGGAUGGUCUCGAUCUCCUGACCUCAUGAUCCACAAGACUGGGUAAUCUGUAAAGAAAAGAGGUUUAAUUGGCUCAUGGCGCUGCAGGCUUUACAGGAAGCAUGGUACUGGCAUCUGCUUGGUUUCUGGGGAGGCCUCCGGAAGCUUAUAGUCAUGGCAGAAGGUGAAGGGGGGUCAGGCACAUCACAUGACAAAAGCAGGAACAAGACUCAGAGCAAGAAGUCACUUAUCACCAAGGGGAUGGCCCAGGCCAUUCAUGAGGGAUCCACCUUUGUGCUCCAAACACCUCCCACCAGGCCCCACCUCCAGUAUUGGGGAUUACAUUUCAACUUGAGGUUUGGGCGGGAACAAAUAGUCAAAUUAUAUUACCCAUCUACAUGGUUUUCUUUUUCUUAGUAUGGGAGUGUCCAUGAAUAAAUUCAUGGGCAUCCUCAUAACUCUUCCAUGAAUGGCAAGGGGUACUUAUGGAAAACAGUUUUCCAAAGAUCUGAUUGUUUUGAAAUGUGUUAGAUUGGACUUGUUCAAAUGUUCAUAUUUUUGUUCAAUGCUAAAUGCAUCGUUAGGGGAGUAGUGGUAAAUAUUCCAGAAUCCAUAUGAAAUUCAUGAGUUUAUUUAUGUCUAAAACACCGAAAACUGUGUCCAAUAUCGUUCAGUUUCCUGGGUCUUUUUCUUAUUAGCACAUUUGAGAAAAAUAUUCCUUUCCUUUAUUGUAGUAAAUCUAUUAAAGGCAAUAGCCAAUAAAACAUUUUUAAUUUUAAAAA